AUUGUUAGAUAGUUGAGGGACGAAACUGUACUUUCUUGAGAAACAAAAAGGGGACUAUACAUCGUCUUGAGCGGGUUCCAGUUGGGGUUUUGUUCUCUUCAAUUUUAAACCUUGAUUCGUCUCCAAUCUUCACUCUAACCACUUUCACUAGGUUUGUGGUGACCUUGAGAGAUGGGUAGCGAGGAAGAAGAAAGUAUAGAGCAAGCAGCAGCAGCUCGGCGGGAGAGGCUAGAAGCUCUGAGAGCUGCUAAAAACCUUCUUGAGACUCCUGAUGAGGAAGAAACUGAUGUUAACAGUGAUGUUAAUGUGAAGUUUCGAAAUUACCUUCCUCAUGAUAAGCAGCUUCAGGAGGGUAAACUUGCUCCACCCAAGUUACCAAAGUUUGAAGACCCUGUUGCUACCGAACCUCCGGUCGAAGAGAAAAAAGAGGAUCCUUUUUUGAACAUUGCACCCAAAAAGCCGAACUGGGAUCUUAGAAGGGAUGUACAGAAGAAACUUGAUAAGCUUGAAAAACGCACACAGAAGGCCAUCUUUCAAAUUAUGGAGCAACAAGAAAAGGAAAAACAGCUGGCUGAAGAAAAUGGCGGUCAAGAUGAUGAUUCUGGGAACUAAAAAACUACUUUCCAGGUGAAAAUCGACAAGUUUAAGCCUCAAGGUUUAAGUAUUAAUUUCCUGGUAUUCUAGUCUUUGCUUAAACUGGGAAAAACCGAAAUGAUUUGAGGUUGUUAGAAGUACUAAUUUGGUGAUAUUCAUGUUUUGUAUGAUCUACCAUAAACAUUUUUAAGGAAAUCACGAUCAACGUCUAUAGCCAUGUUAGAGAUUAUUUACGUCUAUAGUAACGAGU